AUGUCAGGCAACACGUCUACAACUCCUGUCACAACGGAGAAGACAUUCAGCAACUACAAUCAAGAGCAAGGAAAAGCCUACGCACAGGGCCGCUCUGACUACCAUCCGAAGCUAUACCAGUAUGUCAUCGACAUCCACACCUCAACCGGUGGUCAAUCCGACAGUCUUCUCGAUGUUGGGUGUGGUCCGGGAAAUGCCGCUCGAGCUCUGUGCCCACACUUCUCCCAUGCUAUUGGACUCGACCCGUCCGAAGGAAUGGUAGCCACCGCCCGCUCCAUAGGGGGCGUCACAUCAACCUCCGAACCGAUUCGCUAUGAGGUUUCCACGGCCGAACAUCUCGGAACCAGUCUAUCUCAGCAGCCCAUCCAAGAUGGAAGCGUCGAUCUGAUCACAGCUGCUAACUCAGCACACUGGUUCGAUAUGUCCCAAUUCUGGCCCACAGCCGCCCGCGUUCUCAAGCCCGGCGGUAGUGUCAUACUAUGGACGACUGGCAAGACAGACAUCCAUCAUUCUGUUCCCAAUGCAGCUGCCAUCAACUCUGCCAUGGAUCAACUAGAAGAAACGCAACUGAAGCCUUUUAUGGCUCGGGGUAAUCUCAUGACCCGGAACCGCUAUCUUGACCUCCCCAUGCCGUGGGAUUUGGAAAACCCUGUGCCGGGAUUCGAGGAAGCCGAGUUCGUUCGGAAGGACUGGGAUCCUUCCGAGAACUUCCUCGCUCAUCAACCGGAGAUGAAUUUGGAUCUUGUGGAGAAGAUGUUUGGGACUAUGAGUCCUGUUGUUCGAUGGCGGGAGGCACAUCCGGAUGCGGUCGGUACUGAGGAUGAUAUUACGAAGAUCUAUCGGAGAACAAUUGAGCGGCUGCUUCAUGAGGCUGGGGUUGAGAAGGGGAAGGAGACCAUCAAGGUAGCCAUGCAGGCUGUGGUAUUGGUUGUCAAGAAGAAAUCCCAGUAG